UCUCCACUCCGCAGUUCCCUGGGGAUAAACUAGCAAGGCCAGGGGGGCCAAGCCUCAGGCAUCCUGAUGAGCCAGGUGGAAUUUGAGAUGGCGUGCGCGGCCCUCAAGCAGCUCAAGAACCCUCUGAGCGACCAGGAGAAGCUGCUGAUGUACAGCCUCUACAAACAGGCCACUCAGGGCGACUGCAACCUCCCUGUGCCUCCUGUCUCAGAGGUGAGAGCCAAGGCCAAGUGGGAGGCGUGGAACAAGAUCAAAGGCAUGUCCAAGAUGGACGCCAUGAGGAACUAUGUGGCCAAAGUGGAUGAGCUGAAGAAAAACGAGGCUGCUUAAGGAAGUUCCGGGAGAGGCUUUUCCGGUUGGGAGUGUCUUUCUGAGAAGACCUGGUGGGCAACGACCCACAUGGGUGGCGGUGGGGAUGGCUGAGGCAGAAAUAAAUCACUAGAAGUGCA